CGUGGUACGCAGUCGCAGCGAGAUCUUCUGGUUAGAGUAUCCAUUUUGGUCACAUGUGAGUAUCUCGAGCUGCUCUUGAUUUUCGUGAAAACUAAUGGUGCUAAUUGCCUGAAGGCGCAGAAGAACGUACAGAACCUGACAGUGAAAUACCGGCCGACCUCCCCAAAUCCAACAUGGCAGAUAUCGAGGAUACUCAUUUUGAGACUGGCGAUUCUGGUGCCUCCGUGACAUACCCUAUGCAAUGCUCGGCAUUGCGCAAAAACGGUUUCGUCAUGUUGAAGUCUCGUCCCUGCAAGAUCGUGGAGAUGUCUACCUCCAAGACUGGGAAACACGGUCACGCCAAGGUUCACCUUGUGGGCAUCGACAUAUUCACCUCCAAGAAAUAUGAGGAUAUCUGCCCUUCUACACACAAUAUGGAUGUGCCCUUCGUGAAGAGGGAGGAUUAUCAGUUGACAGACAUAUCUGACGACGGCUACCUAUGCCUGAUGGCUGAUAAUGGAGACCUUCGCGAGGACCUCAAGAUUCCCGAAGGCGAGUUGGGUGUCCAGUUACGCGCCGAUUUCGAAGCCGGUAAAGAGUUGCUGUGCACCGUGCUGAAAGCCUGCGGUGAAGAAGUAGUGAUCGCCAUCAAAACCAACACUGCCCUCGACAAAUAAUUGUGUUCAGUUUCAACCAUACACAACCUCACUAUCUGCUUGGCCAAUCGACACCUUAUCAUUGGUAUUAAAAAAGGAAAAUGGAGAGAAAAGGACACGUGAAACAACAUUUAAUUAAAAAAAGAAAAAAAGAAAGAAAACGAAUACGAGCCAACUCAUGUACCGACCAACAGCAACUCAGUAGCGGCGAGAAUGGGAAAAUAAGAAAAGCAACUUUUUAUCAAAGUAAAAUCUUACUUAUUAUCCAACAAACAAAACAUACGCUAAAGUUUUUAAGCAAUGUAAGUAAAGGAGGGCUGGGCUUACGCGGUCGCGUCCCAGUUUUAGAAGACACACACACGUUGUUUGUUGUACACGAGAUACGGCGACACUUUUCAUCGAAAGGGUUGAUUGAAGAAAAAGGAAAAAAAAAUAAAAAUUUAAAAAAAGCCUUCACACAUCCUCGAUUCUUUUUGGUUCUCGUACGAUUCGAUAAUUUAAUAAAGUUACUACUCGAAUCCUCGGCUCGUAACCGCAACAGCUCUGUAACUCGAUUACCUAAACGCGCGAACGGAUGAAAUUUGUUAAAUAAAACAAACAAACGAACAAUAGAUAUACACAGUACAUCCAAUUGCCGAUCGAGACCAAGAUUGAGCUAUGGACUGCCAUGCGGAACAAUUUUUCAUAAUAAUCAAAACAAUUAGACGAGUCGACGUGAAUUUUCGAAAUGGCGCGAGUAUCGUGUCUAACGUAGCAAUUUGUUUGCUAAAUACGACGAAGAAAAAAAGAUCGGCUGGACGUUUUUCUUUUUCUUUUACGUCGCCGCUAACCUCUCUAACGUAUAAGUAGCGUUUUGUAUGACCUUUGCAGUUUCUAUAGCGUUGAUAGAACAAGGACGAUUUUUCAACGUAACGAAAGAAUUUUUUUCAUGGGCAUCAAUGCCUUGAGUUUUGUCAAAAUUGCCUUUUUUUCUUUUUUUCCUUCAGCUUCUUAGGCAAACGAAAUGAGCGUCGAAGCUGCUCCGCACGAGCUGAAGCGAGGAAGGAAAAUAAGAAAUGAAAUAGAGAGUGCGAAACAACCGAAGUGAAUGCGACAACAGAGUAGAAUCAAAGAGCAAAAAGCAUUUAUAACGGGUGGAUAAUUGUGUCGGGAAUUUUUCAUUUUUAUUAUUUCAAUUACGCGCGACGCAAGAACUGUACACGUUAAUAAAUAAAUUCACGAGUACUUAUUUCAAAGCUUUAAAGGCCUUUCGUAUUAUUUAACAGAGAAACGAAACGAGGACAAGAACUAACAAUAAUGACAACAAAGAGAAUUGACAACAAUGUAUAAUUAUACAAUCGAACGACCCGCGACGAUAGUUCUUUACUACUUAAGUCUAUUCCAAUUUGUAAACCAGCCGAGUUAACGGCGUUUAGGCCUGUAGUCGCAAUGUGGGCGAAGCGUUUAAAUAAUUUUUUUUUUUUUAAGAAAGGUAUACAAAAGAUACUGGAAAUGUGCUAAAGGCCAAAUCGUGGCGAGAGUCAAAAGUGUGAAAAGGAGGAAAAAUAAAGUAUGAAUAAUUAUGAAAAAUGACAGGCCUUACGGAUCUGUCAGAAAUACAUGCGUGCCGCUUAUCCUAAUAUAUUAAAACACGAGAUCAAGGGAAGCUACGUAUGUGGCGGCUUAUUCUGAAAUGACUGAUUCUCGUUUUUUCUUAUUGUGUUUGUUUUUUCAAAAUUCUUUUUACGAACUUCAUGUCACGAGAGUCAAUUCAGAAAAGUUGCGAUUAACUCCUAUAGAUAGACUUUAAAAAAAAUGGAAAUGAUCUCUCUCUCUCUCUCUCUCACACACACACACACACACACUCUUUUAUUUUCUCUCUAUGCUCUCCCGUCGAUAUGUCUUCAUAAUUGUCCCAAGAACUACGUGAAUACUCUUGAAAAAAAAAAAAUCACCAAAAGUCCCCUUGUAUGUACCCUGUGUAUCCCCACCUCGUUUUUCUACCGUCAAUUUGUCUCAGAAAUUGUUCCGGAAGGUACGGUCUAAAAAAAAAGAAUAUUAGGAAUAAAUAUAAUAAGGAAGCCGAAAAAAAAAGAAGGAAAUAUAAUUAUGAGUGUAACCGGAGCUUUCGUAGGAAGGUAUUACGAUCGCGUCUGAUACUUCGCCAACGUUUAUCGAUACUCUAAUGUAAUAAUAAUUAUACAUUGUAAUCAGGAUAAAUACAAAGAGUGGACUCUAGCUGUAAACUAGGAGAUACAAAGUACAAUACCAAUUAUACUUGUUUUUGCGUAUCAGGCUACUUCGUCUCAGUACGAACGUUGCUUUAGUGCAAAGAGGGGAGAAGAAAAGAAUUUUGUUCUUUUUUUUUCCAACUAUUUAAAUUAAGCACCGUUUGUCUUUAGGACUAACGGAUAUGCGACUUUUGCGUUAAACGUGACUAGGGCGAUGGGUUACUUCGUGAAAACAAAAUGUUAAACUUUUGUCUUUUUUGUUCUUGCUACUGUUGCCAGUGUACAAUACUGUAAGCCAUAUAUCAAACUUGAGAAAGACUUUUGCAUGCGCGUUACCCACGUCACACCUUUAGCUCUUGGUACCUUCCUUGAAAUCUCUGGUCCGCAAUAUAGUUAACAAACCUAAACUUACCUAUUAUAAUCUAAUUAAACAAAAAAAAAAAAAUACCUAAUAUUAAUACAAAAUAAAUCAGCGUCUGUACUACA